GAAAAUAUCAACAUCCGGUUGUCUGCAACGCGCUAAUUUUGGAAAAAUAAAACUUUUCAGGAGUUUUUUAGGAAAAUGUGCAUUGCAAAUCCUAGAAGUAAAUGACAUAGUACAAAUUGAACAUAGAAUGUUUCACCUAUUAUAGAUAUGGAAAAGCAAUUUGUUGUUUUGUACACACAUCAAAAACAGAAGAAAGCUAAAACUUGGCAUGAUGGUUGCCUCAAGCACAGUGGGAGUGGUACAAAGGCUGUUCUGUAUGACGAGAAAGGCUGUAGACUUGACAGCAUCCAUAUCAAAGUGGAUGACAUCAAACUUGGAGAGCAGCUAGAAAGUGAUAGAUAUUACAUUCUGGUUGAAGAAGUCAAGACAGGGGAGAAUGUGCAACAGGGUAAAGCUACAUUGCUUUCAUAA